AUGGCUGCGCGCGUCGUCUCUCGCAUCCGGUCGCACGGAGCGGCGGAUCGAGCCGUUACAUGGCCGUUCGCGGCGUUCGCAAUCGGCUUUCCGAUUUCGCGAGUCGCUACAUCUCCCGCGUCCUCGACAUGCCCCGUAAGGUACAUUCCUCGUCGCCCCUCUCCCUCCCCUCCCUCCCCUCCCUCCCCUCCCUCCCCUCCCUUCUCCCCCUCCUCUCCCUCCCCCUCUCCCCCUCCUCUCCCUCCCCCUCUUCCCCCAUCCCUUCACUUCCCCUCUAUUCUGCGACCUGGCCCAGCGGCAGCGGGACUACCAAGCCCAGGCUUCCUCCCUUCGCAAGGCAUACGCUCAGGAGCAGCAGGAGCUGCGGCGAGCGGCGCUGAAGGCAGGUUUCUAACUGUCACAGCAUACUCAUUCCUUCCUACUCUCUCCUGCUGCACCUCCUCCUUCCAGGACCUGGCCCAGAGGCAGCGGGACUACCACGCCCAAGUGUCCUCCCUUCGUAAGGCGUACGCGCAGGAGCAGCAGGAGCUGAGGCGGGCGGCGCUGAAGGCGCAGCAGAUGCGUAGGGAGGCGGCGGCGACGCAACGCAAGCGAGACUACCAAGCCCAGGUGUCAUCUCUCCGCAAGGCAUACGCGGGGGAGCAGCAGGAGCUGAGGCGAGCAGCAAUGAAGGCGCAGCAGAUGCGCAGAGAGGCGGCGGCGAGUGAGAAGGAGUCGCACGCUGAGGAGAAGCUGGCGGCGCGGGCCGCCCGGGCGGCGCGGGCGAGGGAGGAGCAGGAGAGUCUGCGGGCGGCUAAGGUGGGUCGGAUGGGUGGCAUGGGUGGGAUGGGUGGGAUGGGUGGAUGGAAAGGAACGAUGGGGAGGGGGAGAGGGAGGGAGAAGGGGGGAGAUGGGGAACAAGAGCUGAAGGUGAUGAAUGCAGCGCGGUUCAAAGAAAGGGAGGGGAAGAUAAAUGCUCGUAAGGAAGCGGCCAACACUGCUUUGCGGAUGGAGAGUGCGAGAUGGAUCAGGGAGGACGAACUGGAGUGGAGAAUCAUGGAGGCCAUGUCGAAGCCAUACAUUUUGUAA